GUGCCACUUCUGCCUAUCAUCCUUUCCAUUCCCAGUUUCAUAGGCUUAUCCUUCAACACUUGCGUCUCUCCUGGCCGUCGAUUCACCAACAACGUACGGCUCUACGGUCGUCGUUCUCUAAUCAUUCGUUUCCGUUGAUUCAGCCAUGUCCGUUCCUUUAUCAUAACGUGACCAGGAAGACAGAUGGAGCUGCAAAUCAAGGUGGCGCAGGCCGUUCACGUGCUUAAUCACGACACCCAAUCUACCAACCGCGUAGCUGCUAAUCAAUGGCUCGUCCAGUUCCAGCAAACUGAUGCCGCCUGGGAAGUCGCCACCGCCAUCCUCGCCUCCGAACACCGUCACCAGCUCGUCUCUGAUUUCGAAGUCGAGUUUUUCGCAGCUCAAGUUCUGAAACGGAAGAUCCAAAAUGAAGGAUGCCACCUGCAGUUGGGUGCCAAAGAUGCGCUGCUUAAUGCUCUUCUAUUGGCAGCAAGAAGAUACAGUUCAGGACCUCCUCAGCAGCUCUUGACACAAAUUUGUCUUGCUCUCUCUAUGCUCAUAAUACGUGCUGCGGAACAUGGAAAACCUAUUGAAAAGCUCUUUCACAGUCUCUACAAUUUGCAAAGUGAAGAUGAUGGCAAGAUCGCUGCUUUGGAGAUGCUUACUGUCUUGCCAGAAGUUAUUGAAGAUCAGAAUGCUGAUUGUAGAAUAAGUUCAGUCCAACGAUUCGAGUAUGGCCUAGAGCUUCUCUCUCACACUUCAAUGGUUUUCAAGUUCCUUCUGGAGCAAAGCAAGAAAAAUAUUGACUGUGGCGCUCAAAACCACCACAGAAACAAAAAGCUACUGCGCUGCUUGCUAAGUUGGGUCCGGGCUGGAUGCUUCUCAGAGAUCCCUCCUGGGUCGUUAUCCACACACCCACUUAUGGAUUUUGUUUUCGAUUCUUUGCAGGUUUCUUCUUCAUUUGAUCUGGCAAUUGAAAUUCUAAUGGAACUUUUAAUUCGACAUGAGGGAUUGCCACAGGUUUUGCUAUGCAGAGUUGGAUAUCUCAAGGGUAUCCUCCUCCUUGCACUUAACAGUGGAGAUGAUACAGUAAUAAAUGGCCUGGCAUGCUUGAUGUCGGAAAUUGGCCUUGCUGCACCAUCUUUAAUUAUCAAAGCCAGUCCUGAAGCUUUUCUUCUAACAGAUGCGCUCCUCAGUUGUGUAGCAUAUCCAAGUGGAGAGUGGGAGAUAGCGGAUUCAACUUUGCAGUUUUGGUCUAGUCUGAUGGGCUAUAUUCUUCGGAUUGAUAUAGAUAGUGAGGAAAAUAGAAAGAAUGUUGACGACAUGUUUUUUCCCGUUUUGUCAACAUUGCUAGAUGCUCUUCUUUUGCGAUCUCAGUUAGGUACUACCAUUACUGAUGGCGGAGGAGCGCUUGAGUUUCCGGAUAGCCUUGCGCAAUUCAGAAUAAAUUUGGUGGAACCUUUGGUUGAUAUUUGUCAUAUUUUAUCUCCUGCUUCAUUUCUGCAAAAGAUAUUCGCAGGAGGGUGGAUGAAUAAUGUACACAUUUCUUGGAAGGAGGUUGAAGCUAAAAUGUUUGCUCUUGAUGCGGUUGCCGAGGUAGUUAUCAGCAAAGUACCAUACUUCGAUUUCUCUUUUAUGCUGCAAUUGGUCGCAAUUUUGUCCAGUAAAACAUCCAGUGAACUGAAAGGAAUCAUGAAAAUUGUAUACAAGUCUCUUGCUGAUGUUAUUGGCUCUUAUUCCAAGUUAAUAUCUGCUUCUCUGCCUGACGCCAGACCAAUACUAACAUUUCUAGCAAAAGGCAUUGCACAACCAUUUUGUUCAUCUGCAUGUGCCUGUGCUUUGCGCAAGUUAUGUGAAGAAGCAGCUGCAGUAAUGUACGAGCCUUCAAGUUUGGAAAUUCUAAUUUGGAUUGGGGAGGGUUUAGAAGAAUGGGUAUUACCUCUAGAUAUUGAGAAGGAAGUGGUUGCUGCAAUCACACUGGUAGUUGGAUCCCUUCCUAAUGAGGAGUUGAAGAAUAAUUUGUUUUCGAGAUUACUAUCUCAUAGCUAUGAAGCUGUUGGCAAACUUAUUGACCAGAACUACAAAUAUCCUUUAAAAAAGGACCCAGCUACUUAUACUCAACUUCUUGAUUCCGCUAGAAGAGGGCUGCAUAGAAUGGGAACUGUCUUCAGCCAAUACGCAACACACCCAUCAAUUGGUCCAAGUUACUAUAAUCCUUUACUUGGUACGCUAGGAGUAUUCUGGCAAAUGCUUGAGAAACUUUUCAACUCUGAUCAUAUUGAAAACGCUUGCUUAUCAACGGCAGCCUGUAAAGUUCUUUCACAAGCAAUUCAAUCUUCAGGUCAGCCAUUUGUGCCUUUGUUGCCUAAAGUGUUAGAUUGUCUCUCUUCCAACUUCCAGACCUUCCAAAAUCACGAUUGCUACAUCAGAGCAGCUUCUAUAAUCAUUCAAGAAUUUGGCAAUAGAGACGAAUAUGGGUCUCUUUUCAUCAGCACAUUCGAUCGAUUUAUCAGUGCAACAUCUGUGAUGUCACUGAGUUCUUCUUAUAUAUGUGACGAAGAACCUGAUCUAGUAGAGGCCUUUACAAAUUUUGCAUCUACCUUUAUCCGAUGCUCCCCUAAGGAAGUCUUAGCUGUCUCAGGUUCCAUUAUUGAGUUAUCCUUCCAAAAAGCAGCUAUAUGUUGCACAGCUAUGCAUCGGGGUGCAGCACUAGCAUCAAUGUCAUUUAUGUCCACUUUUUUGGAGCUCAGUCUUGAUGCAUUAAUGAAAUCUGUUGCACCCGUGUCUGAAAUGCAACCCAUAGCAUGCAUUUCUGAAAGGACAGUUGAAGCCAUGGUGAUACAAGUCAUAUCACACAGUGGGGAGGGACUUGUGUCAAAUCUGAUCUAUGCUUUGCUUGGUGUUUCUGCAAUGUCAAGGGUUCACAAGUCUGCUACAGUCUUGCAACAGUUGGCUGCUGUGUGCUGUUUAAAUGAAAAAACAACAUGGAAGGCUAUUCUUUGUUGGAAUUCCCUGCAUGGAUGGCUUAACUCAGCGGUGCAGACUCUGCCUUCUGAGUAUUUAAAACAGGGUGAAGCUGAAUCACUAGUUCCAGUAUGGAUUAAGGCUCUUGUGGCUGCAGCUUCAGAUUAUAUUCAAUGCAGGCAAUGUGUUGGAAGAGUGAAUGAUUUUUCUCAUAUGCAAGGGAAAGGGGGAAGAACUUUGAAACGCCUUAUCCGAGAAUUUGCUGAUGGGCAUCGCAAUAUUCCAACUUGAGGUGUCUUUUUUCACCAUGGUAUGCAUAGUGAGGACCUAUGAUUGAUGGACGGGUAUAGUUGAGGUGAGCUUCAUGAAACCCAUAAUCCUGCCAACUGAGUAUUCUCAUUCUUGCACGGUGAAUCUCUUCAAAGCCAUCAUUGUCCUUUUUAUAUUAGGCCCCAAUCAAACAGUACAUUUUUUGGAGCAUAAAAUCUGUAUUUAUCCCCAAUUUUGCUUGCUUUGGAAAAUUUUCAUAAGUAACGUCCCAUUUGUCAAAGCCCUUGACAGUUCUGUGUAACAUAUAUUUUUGCAAUGGGUGAAGAGGG